GACCUCCACGUACCUACAUACAUGUACCUGAUCUCUUGACCCUUGACCGACUCUCUGUUAUCACACUGCCACUGCCACGGAACGACGCCCUUCGCAUCCGCUUUCUCGACACUAUCCUGCCUUUGUGUCCGCGCUGCAGAACCAGCUGCACCCAGACAGCCAACGACCAUGCGAUAACACGCCUGUCUACCGUCUUCGGAGCCCGCAGACACACCACCGCCACCUCUGCCUCUGCAACGAGCGACGAUGCGCGACGGCUUCUCCAUGGACCCGGGCGCCGCCCUUGCCAUGGGCGUUAUCGUAGGCCUGGCGUCCACAUGCGUUCAAUCAGUCGGCCUCACGUUACAGCGCAAGUCGCACAUGCUGGAGGAUGAGAAGACAAACGAGUGCGACCGCCGGCCCCCGUUCAGGCGCAGGCGAUGGCAGAUUGGGAUGUUCCUGUUCUUGAUCGCGAAUAUCAUCGGCUCAACAAUACAAAUCGUGGCUUUGCCGCUGCCGCUCUUGAGCACGCUUCAAGCCUCCGGACUCGUUUUCAACAGCAUAUUGGCUAGCCUGCUUCUACAAGAGCCUUGGACAUGGAGGGCCGUAUAUGGCACUGUACUUGUCGCUACAGGAGCUGUGUUGAUCAGCUACUUCUCUGCAAUGCCCGAGCCCAGCCAUAGCCUACAACAAUUGCUGGUGUUGCUCUCCAAGCCUAGCUUCCUGGUCUGGUUCAUUCUGUCCUUGGUCUUCGUACUGGCUGUGGUGGUUAUGACUUUCUUCCUACGUUACCUACCUGGACACAAGAAAGAAACCCCGCGAGUGCAACUCGUGAAUGGCAUGGCAUUUGGCCUGGUGUCCGGCGUGCUUUCCGCCCAUGCGCUCCUGUUGGCUAAAAGUGCCGUGGAACUGGUCGUUCGGAGCAUUACCGACAAGCAAAACCAAUUCAAGACGUUCGAGCCCUGGCUACUUCUACUGGCCUUCCUCUUCUUGUCGCUGUCGCAGCUUUACUACUUGCAUCUGGGCCUGAAGCUUAUUUCCACCAGCAUUCUUUACCCCUUCGUUUUUUGUAUCUACAAUAUUGUUGCCAUUUUGGACGGCUUGAUUUACUUCCAACAAAUGGACCGUCUGCCUCCGCUGUCUGCUGGACUGAUUGCGCUCGGAACGGCACUACUGCUUGCCGGGGUCCUUGCCCUUAGUUGGCGUCUGCAAGAUGACGAUGAUUGCGAGGAGCACCAUCCACAUCAAGCCGAGAUACCUCAAACACUGAUAGCGCCUGGCAUGGGAUUCGUCGGCGAUCCAGACACGGAGUCCAGUGACGCUGAUUCGGCUUUCGCGAACGACGAGCAAGAUGCGGAGCAUGGCGAGCAUACGCCGCUCAUUCGCAGAUCGAUUCAGAGAAGUCACACGACCACGAGCAAAACACCCGGCCACUUGUCCAGCGCCAGUCAUGCGUCUCGCCGAAGGCAUCGUGCAUCAACGCUGAGGGAAGUCAGGGCGAUAUGGGAGUCGCUGGGUGAUGAAGAUACUCGCUACGGCGCUUGUGAUCAGAGACCCAGUUCGGCGAAAACUGCUCCAAGCGAUGAUCACACCAGAGGAAGGAGAUCUAGUCUGGGAAAGGCACAGGCCGACGCAUCGAUCGCGGAUUCUGAAGAACGACCACCUCUGUCACGUUCGAGCACUAUGCCAACACCGCACCACCGCGCCCGACGAAAGAGUCGCAACGCCCUGUUCUCGGAUCUGCUCAAUGGUGACUGGUGGGGACGGAAGAGGAAGGACAAUGACGACGAGCGUGAUGAAGAACAUGACAGGAACGAGUAGAUAAGCACGAACAAACCAAUAAAUUUAUGCAAACAAAUCAGCAACUUGAAGUUCUAAUGCUGCGUCUUGCGGGGUUGAGAUGCUCAGACUUUUAGAGAGCCGCACGAAACACUGGUAGGGCUCACGAAGGCUCUCGCGAGACGUGGAAACCAAAUAAGUUCUUCACCAUGCGC